UUUAGAUCUCACUUUUUGUGUUAAUGAUAGAGAAAAAAUAAGAGGGACAAAGAAGAAUGAAUGAAUGAUGGUGGGAAAGAGAUGUACGAAAUUUAUAACAACAAACACACAAAAUAAAAACCAACAAAAUUGAUAACCAAAAACAAUUUAAGUUAUCACUUUCAAAAUGUUGUUUCAGUUAUUAUUCUGUAUUUCUUUCCCUCUCUUUUUCAUUACCAUUUUUCAUCAAUUCAUUUCCUCAUAAUCUCAAGCACAAACAGCUAAACCAAACCUAAAAACAAAUUGCCACUACCAUAAUGGGACUUGCGUAAUGCCUACAACUUCGAACCUGCAACUUGAAAUGUAAAAAAAUCAGAGUUCCUGUAUAUAUAUACAUAUAUAUCCGAAAGUCCAAUGCCGCAAUUGUCUACCAAUUCAAUCCCGGACUUCGACGCUAUAAUAUACUAUUCCCAAUAUUCAAGAAGAAAAAGGGUGUAAGUUGAAAAAGCAUCAAGAAUGAGAAACUCGGCGAUUCUUGAUAUUACUGGGAAGAGGAUUAAUGUGCGGACGACGCUGGUGUUUAUGGCGGCAGCAGCCGUCGCCGGUUGCUUUAUUGUCUACAAUUUCGUGUACCCUACUGGAUUUCGUUAUGAUGGCUUGGCACCAUACCUCCCCUCCUGCAAAACCACAACCCCUCCACUUAAGCAGGGCAACCAGCUGGAGGAUAUAGAUCCAUUAGAUAAAGUUCUGAAAAAUGCAUGCAUGAUGAACAAAACGGUUAUAAUAACUACGUUAAAUGAUGCAUGGGCAGAACCCAAUUCAAUAUUUGAUCUCUUUCUUGAGAGCUUUAACAUCGGAAGUAACACGAAAUGGCUGCUCAAGCAUUUACUAGUCAUCUGCGUGGACCAAACAGCAUAUGCUCGUUGCUUAGCAUCACACCCUCAUUGUUACUUACUUUACACUCCAGGUGCCAACUUUACCGGUGAGGUAUUUUAUCUGACUCCCGAUUACUUACAGAUGAUGUGGAGAAGAACCCAGAUUUUGUCUUCCAUUCUCGACAAAGGCUACAACUUUGUCUUUACGGAUACCGAUAUAAUGUGGCUUCGAGAUCCAUUCCCACACUUCUAUCCAGAUGCAGAUUUUCAAAUUGCAACAGAUAAAUUUCUAGGAGAUUCUUAUAGUUUUAAAAAUCCUCCCAAUUGUGGAUUUGUCAAUGUAAAAUCCAAUGAUCGGACUAUUGGGUUUUACAAAUUUUGGUACCUCUCCAAAAACACAUAUCCAAAGACGAAUGAGCAAGAUGUUCUUAAUAGGAUAAAAUUUGAUCCUUUCAUUGCGAAGAUUGGAUUGAAAGUGAGAUUCUUGGAUACAAAAUACUUUAGUGGAUUCUGUGACCCAAGUAAGGAUGUUAACCAAGUUUGCACAAUGCAUGCUAAUUGUUGUAUUGGUCUUGAAAACAAAGUCAACGACCUUAAAGCUUUGCUGCAAGUUUGGAAAAAAUACAUGUCAUCGCCUCGUAACGCCACUGGCACCUCACAAGCUUUAUGGACCGUCCCACAAAAAUAUUGCAGCACUUCCUUCGAACGCCGUUGGAAGCAUAAUAACCGGAGAAGGGAGUGAAACUAUUAACAAUAUUAUUCCAAUCUGUGGAGCUCUUGAAACAUUUACUUACAGGUAGAAGGAAAAGAGGGUUAAGUUCAACGAUGAAAAUUGCUCCUUGGCGAUCAAAUAUAUGUCAUCUUGCUCAUGAUUAUUACAAAAUUUAUUUUGCAGCCAUUUUUGUUUUUGCAAUGGUAUCAGAAGUGAAUUAGUGAAAAAGGAUAUGCCCUCCAUUUAUGAAUUAUGACAACGGGAAUAAACGAAAAGCCUUAAGUGUGAGAUU